AUGACGUCGACGGAGGAGUUCUUGACCAAGAAGUACGCAAAGUGGAAUGCCUUCCAGGACGACUCGGAUUCCGAUACGGAAGAUGUACCGCGCGUACCUACGCAGUUCGACGUCGAAGGCGAUGCCGACAUUGUCAUUAGUACCGAGACACUGGUGACGUCCAAGCAAGUGGAACGGUACCGGAAGCUGGAGAAGAAACAGCUUGAGGUGUGGCAGGUUGUCGUGCGGAAGCUUCGGGUCUGGUCGGCCUCGAGUACUGGAGCUGAAGCAGGACGAGAUGCAGUACCUUGUCGGCCAUACUGUGUGCUGGUGAACAACUUGUACCCGCUGGGUCAAGUCGUGUCGAAGAAGAUCUGUGACCCGCCGGAAGUGUACCCGUCACCGCAGACGGUGCUCGAUCUGACGCUGCACGCUAUGGUGGACCCACCGACAGGCACACCACAGCACCGUCCGGACAAAAUUGUGUUUCCCGAUAAGCACUACGUGGGACAGCUGCGGAAGAGCUUCUCGGCGUUGGGGAUUGAAUGUUCGUACUUGUCCGAGUCGGACGGCAUUGACGCCUAUAUUCAGGAGUUAUCGCAACACUUGAUUCGAAACGACCUCGCAUCCGUGGCAGAAGUCGGUGAGCGGCCUGGGCUGAUCUCAGGUUCUGGCGUGACUCCGGAAGCGCUGACUGCUCUCUACUCAGCCUGCGAGCAGUACGCAAAACUGGAGCCGUGGGAUCGUCUUGCUGAGCGUCAAGCUAUUCAGAUUGAUGCCGUGGGUGACGAGGAACUGCGGCUGGAUGCCCGCAAUCACGUUGGUAGAGGCACCGUGUUCUCGUCAGUCAUUAGCACGCACACGGGCAGUGGUCCAAGCGGUGAGGGGGGCGACCACAUUCGUGGUAUGGCAUUAUUUUACACGCGUGCAGAUCUGGAGCGUCGAGUGCUUCCUCCUGGCGAGCGACUAGCGUUAAUGGGAAACUCGGAGCUGCGUCGAUGUGCAAAGUGCGACAAACGCGCUGCCCCUGGCAAGGAGCUCAAGCGCUGCACACGUUGCAAAUGUACCUUUUACUGCGAUGCAGCGUGCCAGCGUGACCACUGGAAAGAUCACAAAGUGAGUUGCACUCCACCUGGAAGCGCCACUAGUGGCGCUGGGGACCAAAAGAUCGUAUGGGGUGCUAAGGAGAUGACGAUCCUGUUCGGUCCGCAGACCUCUAUGCCAUUUGACGACUUGGAUAUGAUUACGAAAUACUCACUGCCAAUUGCGAACGUUAAGGGCGAGACGCUAUACCCGUCUGCUGUGACGUUUCGCAAUGGCGAACCGAGUGUGCCCGAUGUGACGGAGUUGGUUUGGUUAACGCGAGCUUUGCAUGCACAAAUUGAGGUCGUCGGUAACCAGCCAUACUUCAUGCAGAGCACAAUGGGUGAACUGUUGGGAAUGGAUGAGCACGAUGGCGAGCAACGCAAGCUAGAAUUGUGCUGCAAAACGUUUGGCUUCGACGACUACCUUGUGCUGCGCAACAGCACGGUACUUACUAUGCAAGACGUAGAGCGGUUGCGGAAGGUAAUUAAGAAGCAGCGAGCAGGUGCUCAGGAGACCAACGAUGAAAGUGAAGGCAAUACGCAUGUAGAGACCGAUGACAAGGCAGAGAGCGACGAAGAUGGUGACAACGCCAGUCUAAAGGAUGGAGAGAAAGGAUGUUGCGUCAUGUGA